AGAUGAUGUUAUCACACAAAUUGUUCAAGCUGUUUCUUGGCACCUUCAUCUAGAACAUUUAACAAAAUCAGCAAUGUCAAUUGGGAACACUAUGGGUCAUGGAGGACCAAGACAUUAUGUAUUGAUCCUGAGUUUCGAAGAUGCCUCGGACGAUGUGUAUAAUGCUUUACAUGAGAACAACAUUAAUGCUGUUAAAGAUGUUGGAAGCAUUGGAUGGAGUGAAUAUUUGGACCCAACAGCUGUUAGAGCAAUUGAAGAGUCAAGGAUUUCAAUUAUUGUAUUCUCUUAUGAAUUCUGUGCAUAUCCUCCAUCAAGACUCGACGAACUUGUUAUGAUCCUUGAUCGUAUGAAAACAAAGGGCAAAUUGGUUUUGUCCAUUUUCGACGGUGUAAACCCUUUAGAUGUAAGACAUCUAAUAACAAGGUGGGGAGCAGGAAUGCAAAUGCCUGAAAAAUUGGAGAACUGGAACUUGGCUUUGUCUGAAGUAGCUUACAUACCUGGUUGGAGCUUAGAAAAAGGGUAUGUCUCUACUUUGAAAUCAGAACAAGGUUUCUAA